AUGGCGGAGAUUUGUUACGGGGUUUUGGGCGAGAACGAGGCGUCGAGCGCGUGCGAGACGAGCGCACGGGCCGCGAGGCGGAGGAGGAUGGAGAUCCGGCGGUUUAAGUUCGUCUCCGGCGUGGCGGCCCCGGCCGAGUCGACGGUUAAUGCCGAGAAGCGAAAGAGACUAGAGUGUUGUACUGUUUCUCGGGGCAUGGAGAAGUGCGGUGACGAAGAGAAGGGUAAUCUGGUCAAAAUUGAAAGCCAGGAGGGGGUUUCGAGUCUAACGAUUUCCUCCAAGUGUCCGCCCACGUCAGCACCUGUACUGAAUCCUGACGCCAAGUUCGGAAUGGUUUCCGUUUGUGGAAGACGACGAGAUAUGGAAGACGCCGUCUCUAUCCACCCCUCCUUUUGCCGCGGUGACCAAGAAACUGCCAACAAUCUUCACUACUACGCCGUGUACGACGGUCACGGCUGCUCUCAUGUGGCGACGAGGUGUAGGGAGCGGUUCCAUGAGGUGGUGAAGGAGGAGAUAGAAAACAAGGCUCUUCAUGAGUGGCAGAGCGCGUUGGAGAGGAGCUUCACGCGCAUGGACAUGGAGGUGACUGCGUGGACCCAAGGCACUGUCGCCGGAGCCAACUGUCGGUGCGAGCUUCAAAUGCCGGAGUGCGAGGCCGUCGGAUCUACCGCCGUUGUCGCUAUUGUCACGCCCGAUAAGAUUAUCGUUGCUAACUGUGGUGAUUCCAGAGCCGUCCUUUGCCGUGGCGGCAAGGCGGUACCUCUUUCCUCCGAUCACAAGCCGGAUCGUCCAGACGAGCUGAACCGGAUCGAGGAGGCGGGUGGCCGGGUUAUAUAUUGGGACGGUCCACGGGUUCUGGGAGUUCUGGCUAUGUCAAGAGCCAUAGGUGACAACUAUUUGAAACCGUACGUGAGCUGCGAGCCGGAGGUGACGAUAACGGAUCGGACGGCGGAGGACGACUGUCUGAUUCUGGGGAGCGACGGCCUGUGGGACGUGGUGUCGAACGACACGGCGUGUGGGGUGGCGCUAAUGUGCCUGAAAGGGAAAGCGCACGCGCCUGCGAUGGAGAGUGAGGGAUCGGAGGUGGAGAACUCCGACAGGGCGUGUUCCGACGCGUCGACGCUGCUGACGAAGCUUGCGUUGGCGAGGCACAGCGCUGACAACGUUAGCGUGGUUGUGGUCAAUCUUAAGAGCAACACGUAGUCCAUGCUCGUUUCGAUGGCCUGCCUUUUUUUUUUUUUUUUUUAAGUGUCCGGAUUAGGUUUUGGGUUAGGUUUUAGCCUGCCUAAUUGGCAGUUUUUGGUGUCAAAUGGCUUGGUUGGAAAAAUGGAAAGAAUGGAGGUCUGUUUGGCAAAAAAAACUCCGAAAAAUAAAAAAAAAUGGUGGACGUGGAAAAUGGGGAGUACCCGUUUUGCAUUUUCUAAUGGCGGAAAAAAAUAAUAGAAGAAAGAGGCGCAUUCUGUGCUUAUAUGUUUUAUUGAGUAUUAUGUCGUGUCUGUGUAGCCAAAAAUAUGGAGUAGUGGAGUGAUUCAAUCGAAAAUGGUCAAUGAACUCAUGCAAUAUGAGCAUAUAAAGUACAAGGUCUUUGACCCAAAGCACUCCAGGUUUUCUCAUUUAUACCACUAAGAGUUUUUAAUUUCCA